AUGUCAAGACUUGGUGCCUUACAUUUGACCCAAUGUACCGGGCAGAAACAUACAGGAACAGUUAUCUUUUUCCAUGGUUCAGGAUCCUGUGGUGCUGAUAUGAAAGAAUGGGUGAGACUCAUGGUGGCAAAUUUUUCAUUUCCACAUAUUAAAGUAUUGUAUCCAACUGCACCACUGCAGGCAUACACUCCUGCAGGUGGACAAAUGAGUAAUGUUUGGUUUGAUCGGGCUGAUAUAAAUAUUAAUGUGCCAGAAAAGUUACAAUCUAUAGCACAAAUAGAAACAGAAGUAAAAAAUCUCAUAAAAAAAGAAAAUGAUGCUGGAAUUCCUAGUAACAGAAUAAUAAUUGGUGGUUUUUCAAUGGGUGGCGCACUUGCUUUGCAUUCUGCUUAUAGAUGGGAUCGUAACAUAGCUGCAGCAUUUGCCUUCAGCUCAUUUUUAAACGAUAAUUCAUGUGUGUAUGAUGAAGUCAAACAAGUAAAAGGAAUGAAAUUGCCACCUUUACUUCAAAUACACGGUGAUAUUGAUGACUUGGUAGAUUUGUCAUGGGCGAAGGAUACAUUUAAUUUACUCAAGGAACAUGGUGUGCAAGGAGAGUUCCAUAUAAUGGAGAGAUUGGGACACUCGUUAAACAGACGAGGAGUCAGGCUCAUCAAGGAUUGGAUUGAGAAACAUUUACCAGAGAUGUGA